AUGGCGAGGAUUAAGGUUUACGAGCUGAGGCAGAAGACAAAAGCUGAUCUCUUGAAUCAGCUGAAGGACCUCAAGGCCGAGCUUGCCUUGCUUCGUGUUGCUAAGGUCACCGGAGGUGCCCCUAACAAGCUCUCCAAGAUAAAGGUGGUGAGGUUGUCGAUUGCCCAGGUUUUGACGGUGAUUUCUCAGAAACAAAAGGCUGCGUUGAGGGAUGCCUACAAGAAGAAAAAGUACUUGCCACUUGAUCUCCGUCCCAAGAAGACCAGGGCUAUUCGCAGGAGGCUCACUAAGCACCAGGCCUCUUUGAAGACAGAGAGGGAGAAGAAGAAAGAGACCUAUUUCCCAAUGAGGAAAUAUGCUAUCAAGGUGUAA